UCUGUCUCUUUCUAGCUUAAAGAAAAUCAUUGGAACUGUUGUUCACUUCUUCCUUUUUAGCUUGGACAUAUCAACGUUCUCAAAAUGGUCGGAGCAUCUGAUAAAUGUACAUUCGGUAUCAGAAUGCCGAUGAACAUUAACAUGUUAAACGCGAUGAUAUCCAGAGAGGUUAAACAUUUUCGCAACUACAAAACAUAUAGACCUAAUUUUGGAGCUCUACCGGUGUCUGGAAAGUUCCAUGCCGCUCACGACAUGCAGAUAGAAACGGACGAGCAAAAGUUAAAGAUUGACGAUUACUGCCACAAGGUGACGCAGGCCAGAGCAAUCGGGCCCCACAGUAGAUAUUCAGCACCGGUUACCUCGAAUCAUGAGUAUGGUUGGCAUUACAAGCCUUUAGUAAAUCUGGAUCGCAACGACCGUCGUUUUUACCAACCGAUUGCUGAAAGCGAUGACACAAAGAUUGAAAUAAUUAUCCUAAAAUGUAACCCAAAGAAGAAAUUAAAAACCUAACAGUUAAAAGACCUUUA